AUGUACGCCUUUACCUCCCCUCCUUCUCAUCUCCCGACCUUCGAGGCAGACGUCCUCAUCCUCGGAGCUGGUAUCUCCGGACUUGCAGCAGCUCGCCACCUCGCCCUCGAAGGGCGCAAGGUACUCCUCCUCGAGGCGCGCGACAGGAUCGGCGGGAGGAUUCAUACGAUCCCCUUUGGCCCGGGUGUUGCUGAACUCGGCGCGAGCUUCAUCCAUGGUGUAUGGGGAAACCCGGUGUGGGAGGUGGCAAGGAAGAUCGGGCUGCCGACAAAGGUUUUGGAAGAAAGAUCUGGUGCGGUGAGGGAUCAUCAGGGAAAGACACUGCCGCCCGAGAAGGAGCAAGUCAUCGCAGGGAACGCAUACGAAACAGUCUUCUUCCACCUCCGGGAUACGUCUCAGCACUCCUCUCCCCCUCCCUCCUCCGCCUCCCUUGCGACUGCACUCUUCACCCCUUCCUCUCCGCUCUACCACAACAUCCCCCCCACGGACUCCCUCUCUCGCUUUCAAGUCGCUGCCGCUGCGCGUUCCUGGUCCGGAUGGACAGGCGCUGACCUCACCAAGGUAAGCUACAGGUGGUGGGGGUUCGAGAGGGAUACGAAAGGUCCGGAUGCGGCUGUCGUGGGCGGGUACAUCAAGCUUGCAGAGUGGUGUGAGCGAACCGUGCUAGAGAAGGGCGGGAAGGUGAGGCUGGGAGAGGAGGUCGUACACGUUACUGUUGAUGGUAACGGAGUAAAAGUGAACACAAAGAGCACACGCACGGAGGAAACGCGUGCACAUCGCGCUCCAUACUGUUUGAUCACCUUCCCACUCGGUGUCCUCAAGGCCCGUGCGGCAAGACUCUUCACCCCUCCGCUCCCUCCGCGCCGGCUCGCCUCUAUUUCCCGACUUGGUCACGGCCUGCUAAACAAGGUCCAAGUCCUGUACUCCUCAGCCUGGUGGGCGGAGACACACACCAACGACAAUUUCUUUCUCCUCCCCGAUCCUUCCGAUCCUGGAAACACACUGGGCAACCCGGAGAGCCCCCAAGGAAUCUACACGCUCAACAUGUGGUCCGUUGAGCAAGUACCGGCAUUUUGUUUCUUCCUAGGAGGUACGGCAGGCACGAACUUGGAAACGAUGAGCGAUGUGGAGGUCGAGAGUUGGGCGAGGGGAAUGGUAAAGCGCUAUUUCAGCCCGGAUCAGGAGCCACCAGAACCAGCAAAGAUUGUGCGGACUGGGUGGGCGCACGAUCCUUAUGCUCUCGGGUCGUACAGUUACAUCCCUCCCUCUCCCUCCGACGUGCAUGAGCAGGAUGGAGCGGAAGUGCCGAGCGCGCUCGACAUGAUAGAGCUGAGCCGGCCGCUCUUCGGCAAAUUAUUUUGGGCUGGAGAACAUACGGAGAUGGAUGAGUAUGCAAGCGUGCACGGAGCAUGGGCAAGUGGGGUCAGGGAGGGUCGAGCGAUCGAGGUCAUGCUUGCGAAUAGAGAUGAUGAAGAGUCGGCAGCAUAGAGGGA